CAUGGUCCGCGCUCAAAUGUGUAGUCGCCGGCCUGCAAUAGCCUUAGUCAAAAUCGUUCAAUCCAACCAAGACGUUUGAUUCAUCGACCGAUUCCGAGAUGGCAGAUAAAUCUACAUCAUCAGUAGUUGCUUCACCAGCGAGCUCUCCUGCUCCUGCAAAAGCAGAGGCUGCUAAAAAAUCAACGAAGGCGAAAAAUCCGAAGCCUAAACCAACUCAUCCCAGUACUGCUGACAUGGUUAAUACGGCUGUAAAAACCCUUGCUGACCGUCAUGGAUCAUCCCUUCAGGCUAUCAAGAAGUACAUCGCUGCAAACUAUAAGAUCGACACUACAAAGCAUGCAUUUUUCAUCAAGAAAUAUCUGAAAUCUGCAGUUGCUUCGGGAACUCUUGUCCAGACUAAAGGAACUGGUGCAUCUGGAUCGUUCAAACUUGCAGGGAAGAAGAGUGACACUGCGAAGCCAAAACCGAAACCCAAGGCAGUCAAGAAGGAGAGUUCUCCCAAAAAGGUUGCUGUUAAGAAGACUGUUAAGAAAACUGAAACAGCAAAACCUAAAGCAAAGAAACCAGCUUCUCCUAAAAAACCUGCAGCGAAAAAGCCAGCUGUUGAAAAGGUUGCCAAGCCGAAAGUAGUGAAAGCUGCAGCCAAGCCGAAGAGCCCCAAGGCCAAGAAAGCUACGAAAGGACCAACUGCUAAACCGAAAGUACCUAAGCCAAAGAAGGCUGCUUCUCCAAAGGCCAAAGCAUCAGCUAAGAAAACAGCUCAGAAGAAAUGAAUUGAAUAUACCAAUUCAAUUCAACCUUGAUCAUAACCAAACGGCCCUUUUCAGGGCCAAUAAUUAUUUACAAACGUUGAAAUUCUUAUCGCUAAAAACCAAUGAAGAUUCAUUGUUUUAUUUGUGAACAUUUUUUGCAAUUUUAAUAUUUUAUAGAAUUCAGUAAUAUUUGUCAAUCAUAGUCCGUGUAGGAAUCAAAUAACUUAUAUUUUUAAAGACAAUUUUCGGGAAAAAAUCACGUUGGAAUGUGAUUAACCCAUCACAUUUUACGCACUGUUUAAAUCAAUCAGUUAAACUUGAUAGUACGUUUAUCUACAUCACAAAAUAUAGCUCAUUUUAAUUAAUCGGAUAAUUUUAUACUAUACUUACUUAAAAUUAUAGAAUAUAAUUAUACUAUAAUUUUAAAGAUAUUGCUGUAUUUAAUAUUGACAACAGCAAGUUUUAGUUGUCGAUUAAGAAUCAAUUAUUAAUUUUCAUUAUUUUUAAUGAAUAAAUACUUUUUUCUAUAUAUUGUGAGAGGUCGGUUUACAAUUAGUACAGAAUAAGAUUUACAUUUUAAAUAAUUAAAUGUCUCUAUUUCUCUGAUGGAUCUAUGAAUCCCCUUGUAAAUCUAAACGUGCUCAGUAGAUAUUGAACAUAAAAAUAAAAGAAAAUUUUCAUCAUCAGUUAAUGAAUUGAAAU